UGUCAAUGUCAAUAUUGAUUAAAAAUUAUCAUUUUUGAUUUUUUCAGCUGCACAGGAAUGAAUACUUGAACUUUUCUAUGUAAAAAUGCAUCUUUUGAGGUAAUCAAAUCUUUCCGGAAUUCCUGUAUAUGUCUCCAAUCAUGUCCUGCUGUCGGUAUCUUCCUUCGUUCACGAGGAAUCCAAUUUCUGUAUUUUGUUACCAUGGACUUCGGUCACCGAACUAUGUUGGAUGCAGAGCUGACCAAAUUCAUAGCUCAAGCAAACGUUCAAAUCACUCCCAAAGUAAAAUUUUAUCUAAAGGGUUACCGAAGAAAAAACCUAUUACUGGUGUAAAACAAAUCGUAUUAGUUGCCUCGGGAAAAGGAGGUGUUGGAAAAUCCACCAUAUCAGUAAAUUUAGCAGUUGCUUUGAAAAAAUUACAGCCAGAGAAAGAAGUUGGAUUAUUAGACGCUGAUGUAUUCGGUCCUUCUAUUCCGUUGAUGAUGAAUCUUCACGAUACUCCUUUACUCACGAAUGAUGAUCUCAUGAAACCUUUAGUCAAUUACGGUGUCAAAUGCAUUUCAAUGGGAAACAUAAUAACCGAGAAUUCAGCAGCAAUUUGGCGUGGUUUAAUGGUAAUGAGUGCUCUUGAUAAACUCAUUCGACAAGUCGACUGGAAUCCGGUAGAUUACAUGGUCAUAGACACUCCUCCGGGUACUGGUGAUACUCACUUAUCGUUAGCUCAAAAUUUACCAAUUUCAGGUGCACUGGUUGUGUCAACGGGUCAAAAAGCUUCUUUACAGAUUGCUCGUAGAGGUAUAACGAUGCUGAAUAAAUUACAAAUUCCUGUUUUCGGAAUCGUUCACAAUAUGAGCUCGGUUAUUUGUACGAAAUGUUCUCAUAAAACUCCUCUGUUUGGGGAUUAUUUUGAAGAAUUUUCUAAAGAAAAUGAUAUUGAAAUUCUGGAAAAUGUUCCUCUCGAUGGUUCAGUUUCCGAUGGCUGUGAUAGUGGAGUUCCUGUCGUGAUAUCUCAUCCUGAAUCUUUUCAGGCUAAAUCAUUCGUUAAUUUGGCAUCAACAAUUUUAAAGAAAUUACAAACGUCGUCGUAGCAUCGAAAUAAAUCCAACACGAAAAUUUUUAAAAUAAUAUAUUAUAACAAUAAAAUAAUUUACAUAA